UAACGUUGCCAGAUCCCACAAGUGCAGCUGGGGAACUUUCCCAGCCCGGCCCACUGGGCGCUAGAGGGUCUGAAAGGACCCGCCUUUCCCAGACUGGGGCACCCUAGGGCGAAGGUUGUCCCCAAGGCCACGUGAGGCUUCCUCGAGACUUCAAAAGCCCCAAACCAGCAGAACUAAUGAAAGAGGAAAGUUAAGGACGCUCCAACUCUGAGACGGGCGCCACGCUGCCGGCUCGGAGCCGCUCUUCCAACAGCUGCCACUGCCGGCCGCCUGUCCAACCCAGCCGAGGUCCCGGCCGCAGAGCGAUGUCCCUCCGGCUGCCCGCGCCGUCAGCCCCGCCGCCGCUGUUGCUGCUGCUGCUGCUGUUGGCCGCCGCCGUGCCGCCCAGCCUGGCAGGAGUCGACUAUGCAACUGCGUACUGGAUGCCUACUGAAAAGACAGUGGAGAUCAGAGACGUACUGGACAAGAAUGGAGAUGCCUAUGGCUUUUAUAAUAACUCUGUGAACACCACAGGCUGGGGCAUCCUAGAGAUCAGAGCAGGGUAUGGUUCGCAGUCCCUGAGCAACGAGGUCAUCAUGUUUGUGGCCGGCUUUUUGGAGGGGUACCUCACUGCCUCGCACAUAUAUGACCACUUCAUAAACCUCUACCCACAGCUGAUUAAGAAACCUUCCAUCGUGGAUAAAGUGCAGGAGUUCAUGAAGAAGCAAGAUCAGUGGACACGGAAUAACAUCAAAUCUUAUAAGGAUGACCCAUUUUGGAGACAUACAGGCUAUGUAAUGGCACAAAUGGAUGGGCUGUAUCUAGGAGCAAUGAAGAAGGCUGUAUUAAAAGGGGAAAAGCCCAUGACCCUGUUCCAGAUUCAGUUCCUGAAUGCUGUUGGAGAUCUGUUGGAUCUGAUUCCCUCAUUCUCUCACACAAAAAACUCCAGCCUGGAUGUUUUUAAGAGAUGGGACCAGGGACACUGCUCUGCUCUUAUCAAGGUUCUUCCUGGAUUUGAGAACAUCUAUUUUGCUCACUCAAGCUGGUACACAUAUGCAGCCAUGCUCAGGAUAUAUAAACACUGGGACUUCAACAUCAAAGAUAAAGACACCAGCAGUAGUCGCCUCUCUUUCAGCAGUUACCCAGGGUUUUUAGAGUCUCUGGACGACUUUUACAUUCUUAGCAGUGGUUUGGUACUGCUGCAGACCACCAACAGCGUGUAUAAUAAAACCCUACUAAAGCUUGUGACACCCGAGGCUCUCCUGGCCUGGCAGAGAGUCCGUGUGGCCAAUAUGAUGGCCAGUGAUGGCAAGCAGUGGGCAGAGAUAUUUUCAAAGUACAACUCUGGCACCUAUAACAAUCAGUACAUGGUCCUGGACCUGAAGAAGGUCAAGCUGAGGCACAGCCUUGACGCAGGCACUCUGUACGUUGUGGAGCAAAUUCCUUCAUAUGUAGAAUAUUCUGAACAAACUGAUGUUCUACGGAAAGGAUAUUGGCCUUCCUACAACGUUCCUUUUCAUGAAAAAAUCUACAACUGGAGUGGCUAUCCAUUGUUAGUUCAGAAGCUGGGUUUGGACUACUCUUAUGAUCUGGCUCCACGAGCCAAAAUCUUCCGGCGUGACCAAGGAACAGUGACUGACAUGGCAUCCAUGAAAUAUAUCAUGCGAUACAACAAUUAUGAGAAGGAUCCUUACAGUAAGGGUGAUCCGUGCAACACCAUCUGCUGCCGUGAAGAUCUGAACCCAUUUGACCCAAGUCCUGGAGGUUGCUAUGAUACGAAGGUGGCAGAUAUGUACCUAGCAUUAGAGUACACAGCACAUGCCAUUAGUGGUCCCACAGUACAAGGUGGCCUCCCUGUUUUUCACUGGAAGCGGUUCAACAAAACUCUCCAUGAGGGCAUGCCAGAGGCCUACAACUUUGAUUUUAUUACCAUGAAGCCAAUUUUGAAACCUGACAUAAAAUGAAGGGCGAUAAGAAAAUAGAAGGCUGCAAAUAAGAUACCAAAGGCACUAUUUUAGCUAUGUUUUUCCAUUCACAAUUAGUCUUAAUAAAACGUAUUAAAUUUA